AUGGCAUCAAAUACUGUGAAUAGAUCAAUUAUAGUUUUAUUGGGUGGGGGUCAUGCAUCUGGUAAGAAAACCACUGCAUUGUCUCUAAAAGAAGAGCUUCUGGCCAUAGUUCCCGAGUGUCACGUUGACGUACAGAUUAUCGAUAUGAAUGAUUAUACUGUUGAUGGCAAGUCGUCGAUUGAUUCUAGCCAAUUUGUUAGCAAUAAGUCUGCAGCAAUCUCAAUUAAUAAAAGUAACGAUAAAUUACCACGUCUCAAACCUUCGAGAUUUCAAUUUGAUAAGUUGAAAACCUUCCUUUUAAAUAAUUUAGAUACACCAAGUAACGAGCCUCAAAAAAUAUUACUCGUGCAUGGUUUGUAUGCUUUGUAUGAUAAAGAAAUUAGAAACAUAGCACAUAUUAAAGCGUUUAUCGAUAGUGAUUCAGAUACAAGAUUAAUCAGAUGGAUUAGAAGAGACGUUUUACAAAACCAAACAGACUCAUUGGAAGGUGUUAUCAAUGCUUAUUUAUUAGGAGCCAGAUCAGAAAUGAGUGAUUUCAUUUUCCCCACAAAGGAAUUUGCAGAUGUAAUCUUACCUCGUGGUGCUGAACCUAAUGCAGUUAGAUUAAUCAUAGAUGGUAUUAUGUUAUAUCUCAAUGACAAGCAUUUGACAAACGACACAACACAAUUCCCGGAGAAUAUUUUGCGUCCAAACGAAAUUGGGAACUUCCAAAAGGAACGAUUUGAUGUUCAAAAGAACAAAUUUUACGAAUUAAACUAA